AUGGUUGAUAGACGUUCUGGUUCCGAAGACGGAGCGCGUGCUAAGCGACAGAAGACGGACAAAUCCGAGAUGGAUCCUCGCAGCAAUCCCUACCUUGCUCACAUGUACCCCGAGCAAAAUGGCAACGGGGGCUCUAGAAACAAUGCGUUUGCGAAAUUUACGAGGCAUCAAACAACUGCUGCUCUCGCCGCGGAGGCUGAGGAUGCCGAUGUGAAUCCUUUUAGCUCGCAGCCGUUUUCCUCGACGUAUUUUUCCAUCCUGAAAACUCGGCGCAAUCUACCCGUUCAUGCGCAGAGAGAUGAAUUUUUGCAACUAUACCAGAGGUCACAGAUCCUCAUCUUUGUCGGUGAGACUGGUUCCGGAAAGACAACACAGAUUCCGCAGUUCGUCCUAUUUGAUGACCUUCCUCAAGCUCAGCGCAAGAUGGUCGCAUGUACACAACCACGUCGAGUCGCCGCGAUGUCUGUCGCGCAACGUGUCGCUGCUGAGAUGGAUGUAAAACUCGGCGAGGAGGUUGGUUACAGCAUUCGUUUCGAAGACAUGACGAGCCCCAAGACAAUCCUCAAAUAUAUGACUGACGGUAUGCUUCUCCGAGAAGCUAUGAAUGACCACAACUUGCAACGCUACAGCACAAUUAUUCUCGACGAAGCGCACGAACGUACAAUGGCUACAGACAUUCUGAUGGGUUUACUGAAGGAAGUGGUCCAGCGUCGACCUGACUUGAAGAUCAUCAUCAUGUCCGCUACCCUUGACGCGCAAAAGUUCCAACGCUAUUUCAAUGACGCCCCGUUGCUUGCUGUUCCCGGAAGAACACAUCCGGUAGAGAUCUUUUAUACUCCUGAACCAGAGCAAGACUAUGUUGAAGCCGCCAUCCGCACCGUGUUGCAAAUCCAUGCGACUGAGCCGGAAGGCGACAUAUUGCUGUUCUUGACUGGUGAGGAAGAGAUUGAAGACGCAGUUAGAAAAAUCUCCCUGGAGUCGGAUGAAAUGGUGAGAGAGGCCGAUGCAGGCCAAAUGAAGGUCUAUCCACUCUAUGGUAGUUUACCUCCCCAUCAGCAACAACGCAUCUUCGAGCCUGCGCCGCCACCGCGUAAACCUGGUGCGCGUCCUGGCCGCAAGUGUAUCGUGUCAACCAAUAUCGCCGAGACGUCGCUUACUAUUGAUGGUAUUGUCUACGUUGUCGAUCCUGGAUUCUCCAAACAAAAGGUGUACAACCCUCGUAUCCGUGUCGAGUCCCUACUAGUGUCACCAAUUUCAAAGGCAUCUGCGCAACAAAGAGCCGGUCGUGCUGGUCGUACUCGUCCUGGAAAAUGCUUCCGUCUCUACACCGAAGGCGCAUUCAAAAAGGAACUAAUCGAUCAAACCUAUCCGGAAAUUCUUAGAUCCAACCUUUCUUCUACUGUCUUAGAGUUGAAAAAGCUGGGUAUCGACGAUUUGGUACAUUUCGAUUUGAUGGACCCCCCAGCGCCAGAGACACUGAUGAGAGCUCUGGAAGAACUCAACUAUCUCGCUUGUCUUGAUGACGAUGGCAAUUUGACCGCCUUAGGACGUCUAGCAUCCGAAUUCCCUCUUGACCCAGCCCUUGCGGUCAUGCUGACGACAUCGCCUGAAUUUUACUGCUCGAACGAAAUCCUAUCCAUCACGGCGCUUCUCUCCGUUCCGCAAGUGUUCGUUCGCCCGAAUGCUCAGCGAAAGCGAGCCGAUGAGAUGAAGAAUCUAUUCGCUCAUCCAGACGGAGAUCAUUUGACAUUAUUAAAUGUCUAUCACGCUUUCAAAGGCCCAGAAGCUCAAGCAAACCCCAAACAGUGGUGCCACGAUCACUUUUUGUCCCUUCGUUCUCUCCAAUCAGCAGACAAUGUCCGACUUCAAUUACAGCGAAUUAUGGAACGGGAGGAGGUCGAACUAGUCUCCACCCCAUUUGAGGAUAAGAAAUACUAUGAGAAUAUCCGACGGGCACUAGUGGCAGGCUUUUUCAUGCAGAUAGCAAAGAAAGACACUGGAGGGAAGAGUAUGUACACGACCGUGAAGGACAACCAGCACGUGUUGCUACACCCCAGCACAGUUCUAGGCUAUGAUGCCGAGUGGGUUCUGUAUAAUGAAUUUGUUCUUACUACAAAGAACUAUAUUCGAACUGUCACAUCUGUUAAGCCUGAAUGGCUCCUGGAAAUCUCGCCUGUCUAUUACGAUAUAUCGACAUUUCCAAAAGGAGAUAUCCGGUCUGCACUUUUGCGUGCUGGUGACAGACUUGCUCGCAAAGAGAAGAUGCGCAGUGAUUCAAGCAAGCGUCGGUGA